AGGUAGUUAAUAACCUUGGUUUCAAAAUAAAAGCAUUGAAUAGUUUGAAUAGUUUCCUCCAUGUUUAUCACAGGUCCUAAAACACGGGGGUAUUUUAUUUUGAAAAAUGCGUGAGUUGACACUUUCUGUCGGUCCCGCUGACUGACAGCCUGACAGAGAGAGAGAGGGAGAAAGAGAGGGAGAGAGAGAGAGAGGGGACACGCGGACGCGCCGUCCUCCCGCCGCAUGGUGACCCAGCAGAGACGAUGACCGGUGCAGGUUUGUGCUGCGCCAGCCUGGAGGAGCCCAGGACCCUGAUGAAGAUGGGUCUGUGCGUGCUCCUCGUCGGCCACGUGAACUUCCUGUUGGGCGCCCUGAUGCACGGCGUGGUGCUGCGGCACGGCGGCCCCCACCGGCCCGCCGCCGUGGAGCACGCCGUCGCCAACGUGGUCGCGCUCGCCUCCGGCCUCGUGGGAAUCGUUGUCGGCGUUCUGGCCAUCGUGUUGUCUAAGAAGAAGAAGAGCAGAGUCCUGACGUGGUCCCUUUUCACGUUUGGCCUGACGGCGGCGCUCAUGGCGGCGGCGGCGGCCGUCGGCCUCUGCGUGUCGGUGGUGAGCGCCGUGGUGCACGGCGGGCAGAGCCUCCUGACUCACUGCCGCUCGGCCGACGGCAGCUUCACCGGCGACUGCUCCUUCGACCCCACGCGCAUCUACAGCACCACCCUGAUCCUCUGGGUGCCUCUGAUUGUGACCUGUUUGAUCCAGUUGGUGUUUUCUGCGCGCUGCUCGGCGGUCUGCGCUUCAUUCCUGGAUCUACCCGGCUGCCCCAAGGGAGCAAGGCACCACAGCAGAAGGAUCGGUGUGAGAAGGUCGAUGGAGGAAGCUCCUCCCACUUCCUUGACUGAACCACCAGGAAACAACUCUGAACCACCAACACGUUACUCUGAACCACCAAUACGCUACUCUGAAUCUCCAACACACUACUCUGAAUCUCUAACACGCUACUCUGAAUCUCCAACACACUACUCUGAAUCUCUAACACGCUACUCUGAAUCUCCAACACGCUACUCUGAAUCUCCAACACGCUACUCUGAAUCUCCAACACACUACUCUGAAUCUCCAACACACUACUCUGAUUCUCUAACACGCUACUCUGAAUCACCAACCCCUCCAACGCGCUACGCUGAGCCUCCAACCCCUCCAACACGCUACGCUGAGCCUCCAACCCCUCCAACACGCUACGCUGAGCCUCCAACUCCUCCAACACGCUACGCUGAGCCUCCAACCCCUCCAACGCGCUAUGCUGAGCCUCCAACCCCUCCAACACGCUACGCUGAGCCUCCAACCCCUCCAACGCGCUACGCUGAGCCUCGGAUGCAGAGUUCCGCCCCCCCCGGACAGCAGCAGCAGGGCGGACGCCCCCUCCUCCUCCCUCCGCAGCGCCGCCCCCCCCUUCAGUACCGGAGCCUCCCCCCCUCGGAGAGGUGGCCGCUCGGCCAGCCAGCCGCAGAAAGGUCGGACGCCGAGGGGCUGGAGACGCCUGUUGGCGGCCAGCAAAGGACGCCGGAGCGGCACCGGCUGCUGCAGAGGGCGACGCUGGAAAGGUCCAGCUUCUGGAUUUAGAUGCGUCUGACAUGCCAGAGAAGUUCUGUGAGUGUGUGUGUGUGUGUGUGUGUGGUGCAUGCUACAAUGCUUGGAUUGAAACGUCAUUCUCAGACCCCCAUUGUCCCGUCGGUACUCCUGGAGGCUUGAGGGUCUGUUCUUGAGGCUCUAGCAUGGACGGAUGUAUAAUAUUUGUUGGGGUACGCCGCUCUCACAAUGAGUCCCUGACGACGUAAAACCUUGAGUUAACUUAAUGUGCGUUCAUAGAAUAUUUAAUUAUCACCUCGUGUCUAUCACCGUGGGUUAGGAUUAUCCUCCGGGCCCUAGCCUCAUAUUUCAUUGUGUGUGUGUGGUUGUGGUUGGAGGAUGGAGCCUCUGGUUUGCCGUGUUUUGAGCGAAUGAGAAUUUGGUGCUUUUCUUUUUCUGCUUUUUAUGUCGAGAGCAAAUAAUACUGCGGGUUUCUUUUUUUUCAAAAUGUAUUUCGACAAAGUCAAAGUCAAUAAAGUAUUUAUUCAAAGUGUU